UCGAAAUAGUAUCACUUUGGAACUGAGCUUCCUCGCUCUCUUCCAUGGCGACGGCGCUCCUCCAAAACCCCUCAUUCUAGUAGCUUCAAUUCCUUCGAUUUCACAGGCAAGUCGUUUUUCAUUUCUGCUGUUUCUCUCAACAUGAUUGCAAUUGCACGCAAGAACCUCUCCCGUUUGUUUAUAAACCCUAAUCCAUUUCUCUGCAACUCAAAUGUGCUCUCGUUUUCUACUCGGAGGGUGAAAACACUAAUCCCUAACCCUGAGAUCUGCGAUUUAUUGAUUAAUAAACUCCGAUUUUCUCCUGAAUCGGCUUCACUAGCUUCAUCGCGUUUUCCGAAAUAUAGAGAUCCCCAAAGAGCUGAUUUAGUGCUUUCAUUCCUCAAAGAAAAUAGCUUUACGAUUACUCAGCUGCAAAAAGUUGUCGUAUUUAAUCCUCGGGUUCUAGGGUUUACUAUUGAGGGUAUUAAAUCCAGAUUGAAGGUGUUCCAUGAGUUGGGGCUUUCUUCCGAGGAGAUUGCCAAGAUGAUUUCCAAUAAUCAGUCGAUUUUAAAUUCAAGUAUGGCGAACAAGAUCAUUCCCAAUUUAUUGAUGCUCCAGGGCUUAUUGGGAUCCAAUGAUGAUGUAGCCAGACUUGUGAAGCGAUGCCCCCGGGCUUUUUUAGCUGAUUUGGAGAAAACAGUAAUGCCAAAUGUGGAAAUCUUGAAGAAGUGUAGUAUGCCAAUGGAGCGCAUCCUUCACUUGCUCUACAUUCGCCCAAGAACUUUCUUGGUUAAGUCGGAUACUAUGAUGAAAUCUGUUGAAAAGGCCAUUGAAAUUGGGGUGCCUCUCACUUCAAGUGCUUUUGUUUAUGCUGUUACUGUUUUUAAUCAUACAAGCGAAGGGAUGUGGGAAGUCAAGUUGCGAAUUCUCCGAGAUUUGGGAUUUUCUGAUGAAGGUAUAGUCACAAUGUUUAGGAAGCAACCUAAUGUUUUUACAGCAUCUGGACACAAACUGAAGAACAAAAUAGAGUUUCUUCUUGCUACUGGGAAGUUCAGUGCAUCCAGUAUUGUAACUUGUCCGGCAGCACUUGGCUACAAUAUCGAGAAGAGGCUUGAGCCGCGGAUGCAAAUUCUGAGACUUUUGGAGAGUAGGAAUCUGAUUGAAAAGUGGCCUAGCCUUUCAGGAAUUACUUCGUUUACAGAUUAUAUGUUUUUUGAUAAAUUCAUUAGGCCUUGUUAUGACGAGAUUGGAGAAGAGCGCAUCAUCAUGAAAUUUGUCACAGGAAAAGAAAGAGUUGAAGAUGUAAGCAAAUGCUUGCGGAGCUCAAUCUGAAGUAAUAGUGAAUAGGUUAAGUGAAAGGUUAAUAGAUGUUUAGUUUCUUAUUAGGCCUUAUGGCGAUGAGUUUACUGAAGAACACAUCGGAAAGAUGUAUUUCAAGUAGCAUUGUUUGGGUAAACUAAGGAUGUUAGAAUCAUUCUGCUGUUUGGUGGUGUUUCUGCUUGUUCUGACUGUAAUUGUGUUUAUUGCCUUGUUAGUGAUGUAUUUCUAUUCCUAAUAUUGUGUUAAUCAUGGAUAUUUAACUGGUACUUACUAUAUAUUUAACAGAGUUCUGUACGUCUCU